UAAACCUCUCCCUCCCUCGACGUCAGCUUUUGGGAACUCGGGCAAGGGAAAGUUUAGGGAGGAAAAAAAAGUCUGUUGCUGUCUAUGUAUGGAUGAAUACCUUUAAGUAUAUCGUACAAGAGAGAACACUAGCGCAGCGUAGCCAGAAAUAGAAAAUGCGUGGCAUCCGGACCACUCUGAAAAAGAGCUGUAAGAAAACAUUUCAACUUUAAUGGAUUUUUUACCUCUUAUCUGGACGGACAACGGCAACAAAGCAAAACUGAUUUUAGCGGUGACAUUUUUUCAAGGAAAGAAAACCCAUGAAGUUUCAGACGAGGAAACGUUUCAGUCGGAAGGAUUUUAAAACUCUGCGCGUGACUGUUUGUUAACAAAAACGGGAGGGAAGUCUUUUGAAACGCGAUUAAAGCUAUAGGCGAAAUUAGCAAUGGCAAAGAAAUACGACUUCCUCUAUAAAUUAUUGCUUAUUGGCGAUAGUGGUGUUGGCAAGACCUGUCUGAUCAUCCGUUUCGCAGAAGACAAUUUUAAUUCAACGUACAUAUCAACCAUCGGUAUUGACUUCAAAGUGAAGACUAUUGAGGUUGAUGGGAAGAAAGUUAAACUGCAAGUCUGGGACACAGCGGGACAGGAGAGGUUUAAGACCAUCACUACUGCAUACUACAGAGGGGCAAUGGGCAUCAUCCUUGUGUAUGACAUCACUGAUGAAAAAUCUUUUGAGAAUAUUCAGAACUGGAUGAAGGGCAUCAAAGAAAAUGCAUCCGCAGGUGUAAGUCGGAUGUUACUGGGUAACAAGUGUGAUAUCGAGACCAAGCGGAAAGUGUCAACGGAGGUGGGUGAGAAGCUUGCAAAGGAACAUGGUAUUCGAUUUUUUGAGACUAGUGCAAAAUCGAGCAUCAACGUUGAGGAGUCUUUUGCUUCUCUUGCUCGAGACAUUUUGCUGAAGUCAAAUAAGAAGUCGGGUCCAUCUGGCCAAGAGGUUAAAAUUACUAACAGCACAGAGAAAAAGUCCUCCAAGUGUCUUCUUCUUUAGAUAUGCCUUUACCCAGAGGACAUCCUCACUACACACACACACACACACACACACACACACACACUCUUACAAAGAACUUUAUUAAUUUCUGAAUGUUAUUUGUAAAGUGAUCAUGGAAUGCUAAUAGGAAGUGGUUUCCAAGAAAGAUGGCAGUAGUAUGAUGAAAUGCAUUAAAUGAUAUACAGGGUACAGCUUUCAUGUAGAGGAAAAUCACCUUUUUUUAUUUUCAUGUUUGUUUUCGCACUACACAAACAGUGACUAGGCUACAAUGCUGACAAUGUUGGUUUUACUUGCUCAAGUCCUAGUUUUGCGCUCUUCAGCAUUAUUUCAGGUGUAGAUAUAAAAAUAUAGUCCAGUUUGACAGCUCAUCUGCACUUUUUGACAAAUGGUUUGAAUGGUCGCUGCUAUAAAAGGUGAAUAACUUCAAUUUUUACCGACUGUGACCGCUUAAAAUGGAUGGAUAAGAGAAUUUAGGAUGUUAAAUGAGUUGUGUGAGAAAAGAAUUGAUGGAUUGUGGGUGGGUGUAUGGAUGGAUGUAAUAGUGUUCUACUGAAAAUUUACAGUGUUUCUUUCUGUCUUUUUGCAUUAUUACACUUUUUAAUAUUCUUUGACACUGCAUAUUUCUCAGAAAAUGUACAAUGAUCUGCUUUUAAUAAAGUGAACAAUGCUCAA